UUGCAACUGCAUAUCUGUCUUGCCUUAUUGCAUUAUAAAGCACAGGAUCCUCAGAAGCAACAGGAGCCACAGAGAAACCUGAUAAGGGUUCUCUCACUUUUGUGCCUCUUGAUUUCCACAGAACAGUAAACUACUGCCUCUGAUGCCCAGCAGUGCAGCAUGGUUUUGGAAAUGCUGAACCAAAUACACUGUAACGUCGCCAGCAUGGUGCCCGAAGUCCUGCCUGUUGCUGCCAUGCCAAUCCUGCUGCUUGUGGUCUUUCUCCUCUUGAUUUGGAACUGUGACAGCACAGCCUCAAUUCCAGGUCCUGGCUACUGUUUGGGAAUUGGGCCCCUCAUUUCCCAUGGCAGAUUCCUGUGGAUGGGGAUCGGCAGUGCCUGCAACUACUACAACCAGAUGUAUGGAGAAUUCAUGAGAGUUUGGAUUAAUGGAGAGGAAACACUCAUUAUCAGCAAGUCAAUUAAAUUCCAAACAAAAAAAAGCCUAAACGGUCUGGUGGUGCGUGCCCUGGAGCUGGUCGUGGCUGAUGCUCGUGUGUGUCCUUCAGCUCUAACAGGCCCUGGCCUCGUUCGCAUGGUGGCAGUCUGUGCUGAGUCCAUCGUGAGGCACCUAGACAGCUUGGAGGAGGUCACCAACACGUCAGGCAACGUGGACGUGCUGACCCUCAUGAGAUGCAUCAUGCUGGACACCUCUAACGUGGUCUUCCUAGGGAUCCCUUUGGACGAAACUGCCAUCGUCAGGAAAAUCCAGGGUUAUUUUGAUGCAUGGCAAACUCUCAUUAUCAAGCCAAACAUCUUCUUUAAGAUUUCUUGGCUCUACAAAAAGUAUGAGAAGCCUGUUUGUCCAAAUGUUUCCCCUCUUUCAAUUUCUCAGAAACGUGGAGAACUCACAAGAGAGAAUGUGAACCAGUGCAUACUGGAGAUGCUCAUUGCGGCACCUGACACCAUGUCUGUCACGGUGUACUUCAUGCUGUUUCUCAUUGCAGAGCACCCUAAAGUUGAAGAAGCAAUCAUGAAGGAAAUCCAGACUAUUAUUGGUGAAAGAGACAUAGAGAUUGAUGAUAUGCAGAAAUUAAAAGUGGUGGAAAACUUCAUCUAUGAGAGCAUGCGAUACCAGCCUGUGGUGGCCUUGGUCAUGCGCAAGGCCUUAGAAGAUGAUGUCAUUGACGGCUACCCAGUGAAGAAAGGAACCAACAUUAUCCUGAAUAUUGGAAGAAUGCAUAGACUGGAGUUUUUCCCCAAGCCCAAUGAAUUUAGUCUUGAAAACUUUGAGAAGAAUGUUCCUUACAGGUAUUUUCAGCCAUUUGGCUUUGGGUCCCGUAGCUGUGCAGGAAAAUACAUAGCCAUGGUGAUGAUGAAAGUCAUCCUGGUGACACUUCUGAGACGAUUCCAUGUGAAGACAUCACAAGAAGGGUGUGUGGAAAGCAUACAGAAAACAAACGACCUGGCCACACACCCAAAUGAGAUGGAUGACCUGCCGAAAAUGAUUUUUACCCCAAGAAAUUCAGAGAAGUGACUCAAACCCUAA